AUGCCCCACGACCCCGAUCCUCCUCCGGCGAAGAAAUUUAAGCCGGGGUCUCCUUUUUACCGUCUCGAUAAGAAACCUGGGAUGCUGCUGCCCAAAAAGGGAAAUGCACCUACAGCGAUAGACAUUCAAAGAAAACAUCUUCCCAUAUACCAGGCCAAAUCUCAGCUCGUCAACCAACUCAGACAACUACAAAAUGCCGUUUUAAUAGGUGAAACCGGCUCCGGUAAAACCACGCAGAUCCCGCAGUACCUGUAUGAAGCUGGUAUCGGUCGACAGGGUAUCGUGGCGGUCACGCAACCCCGCCGCGUGGCCGCUAUAUCACUUGCAGGAAGGGUCGCAGAGGAAAAGAAGACUCAACUCGGAAAACUGGUGGGCUACACGGUGAGAUUUGAGGAUGUGACUUCCUCGGAGACCAAGCUGAAGUUUAUGACGGACGGUAUGCUGUUGAGAGAGGCGAUAGGAGAUCCGUUACUGCUGCGCUACACUGUGGUGGUUCUAGACGAAGCGCACGAGAGGACGGUGCACACCGACGUGCUGUUCGGAGUGGUGAAAAGCGCUCAGCGCAAACGACGCGAACAGAACAAACUUCCUCUUAAGGUUAUAGUGAUGUCUGCCACCAUGGACGUGGAUCUGUUCUCUCAAUAUUUUAAUAAGUCCCCUGUGUUGUACCUGGAAGGACGGCAGCACCCCAUCCAGAUUUACUACACCAAACAGCCGCAGUCCGACUACCUCCAGGCCGCCCUGGUCUCCAUCUUCCAAAUCCACCAGGAGGCCCCUCCCUCCCAUGACAUCCUGGUCUUUCUGACUGGUCAAGAGGAGAUCGAGGCAUUGGCGCGGACCUGUCGAGACAUCGCUAAACACCUCCCCGAGACCUGUGGACCAAUGACAGUCGUCCCUCUCUACGCGGCCCUGCCCCCAGCCCAGCAGCUCAGGGUCUUCCAGCCCGCCCCCAAGGGAUGCAGAAAGGUCACCCUUUCGACCAACAUCGCAGAGACAUCCAUUACUAUCUCUGGUGUCAAAUACGUCAUAGACACAGGAAUGGUGAAGGCCAAGCGCUACAACCCAGACAGUGGUUUGGAGGUGUUAGCGGUGCAGAGAGUGUCCAAGGCCCAGGCAUGGCAGCGUGCAGGCAGGGCAGGGAGAGAAGAUUCCGGAUCCUGUUAUCGCCUUUACACGGAGGAAGAGUUCGAUAACUUCGCCAACAUGACCGUGCCCGAGAUACAGCGGUGUAACCUGGCCGGCGUUAUCCUGCAGCUCCUGGCUCUGGGCGUCCCUGACGUACUCAACUUUGACUUCAUGUCUAAACCGUCGCCUGAAUCGAUGCGGAUGGCUGUAGAGCAGCUGGAGCUGCUAGGGGCAGUGGAGAAGAAGGAUGACCAGGUGACGCUCACUGCUCUGGGCAAGAAAAUGGCCAGCUUCCCCCUGGAGCCCCGGUUUGCCAAGACCAUCCUGCUGUCUCCAGAGUUCUCCUGCACAGAGGAGGUGCUGACCAUCGUCUCCCUGCUCUCUGUCGACUCCGUGCUCUAUAACCCCCCCGCCAAGAGAGAGGAGGUGCAGGCAGUGCGGAAGAAAUUCAUCUGCAGCGAAGGAGAUCACAUGACCCUUCUGAACGUCUACAGGGCUUUUAAGAAAGUCAGCGGGAACAAGGAAUGGUGUCGGGAGAACUUUGUCAACAGCAGGAACAUGGGACUAGUGUCUGAAGUUCGAGCUCAGCUCAGAGACAUCUGUGUUAAGAUGGGUGUGAAGCUGGAGUCGUCCCAGUCGGAUCUGGUGAACGUGCGGAGGUGUCUGGCCCACGGCCUGUUUGUCAACGCGGCGGAGCUGCAGCCCGACGGCAGCUACGCCGCCCUGGACACCCACCAGACUGUCUCCAUCCACCCGUCUUCCGUCCUCUUCCAGGCCAAACCCGCUUACGUCGUCUUUAACGAGCUGCUCCACACCUCUCGGUGCUACAUGAGAGACCUCUGUGUGGUGGAUUCCGAUUGGCUGCAGGAGGCCGCGCCGGAAUACUUCCGCCGCAAACUCCGCGCGGUCAAAAGCUAGUCCC